AAACAUGAUGCCUUUGCGCAGACGCACUGGUCCUUGCUGCCACUAGUCAAUGCCGGUGAUCCCACAAUGGCCGAGUCCGAAGAUGACUACUCCUCGGAUCUCCACCUGGAGGAUCUUUUUGAAUAA